AUGGCCCCUUUCCACACAGCCAAACCAGACCUCUUAGUCACCGCUGGUAGAGCGGAAUUCCGCUUUUCUUCCUCCCAGCUGACCCCUUCCUCUUUGUCCUCCCACUGCUGCCAUCCUCCCACACCUUCCAGCGUCCCACCAGCGCUCCUGGGGCAGCAUGGAACCCUUGCAGCCUGCGGCACAGGCAGCUACGGCGUGCGAGCUGCCGCCCUCACUCGCCCCUUCGCCACUGCCCCCGCCAUACAAACCUCACAGAGGUGUGGGAAACCCGAGGGGGGUUGUCCUCCACACCCCACGGCCGAAACGCCGCCGCCCCUCCGGGAGGGAGCACUGAGAGCUGCCCCAGAGAGCCCCGGCGGCCGCACGGAGCCGGCCCGGCGCUGCCGGGGUCCCGCUGCCACUCCGGCAGCACGGCCCCCCGAUCCGCGCCUCCCCAGUGCAAAAACGCCCCUUUCCCCGAGCGGGACACGAGGGCCAAGCCGCCCAGCCCCAAUCCAGCCGAGCCCCGCAGAACCGGGCUCACCUCGCCGAGAGCGCGGCUCUGUCCCGCAGCCCCGCCGCCAGCCCCGCCGCCAGCCCCGCCCCCGCUGCCGGACGGGACCGAGAUGUCCCUCCCGGUGCCGCCCCUCAGGUCAGGUCAGGUCGGGUCGGGUCGGGUCGGCCCCUCGGAGGGACCCGUCCCCUCCCCGAGCUCUGGAGCGGCGGCGACGCCCCGCAGAAGGGCCCCACCCCCGGCGCUGCCGCUUUCGGCCGGGCGCUUUGGGACUUUUAAUUCCCACUGUACCACUUAAAAUUGUCCUAACCACCCCUGGACUGAUUAGGAAGGAGGAGCGGGCAGGGAAACUGGAGCGGUUUUCUGUAGUAACCAUGGAGUCGGCUCUGGGGAGAUUUACUUCCUCCGAAAAUGAUGAUUCCAAUGCAUAUCAGGAUUCUUCUGUGGGUAACGAUGGACUCAUUUUGUCAGUAAAACCUUAUUUCCAUAGAAAGCAUUUGGAACUGGCUGCAAGUCCAAAAGCUCAGCCCCAAGCCCGAAGUGCUUUUCAUUGCCCAGCGCUCUGCCUGUCCCCGCGUUUCAAAGAAGAUGCCCUGCUGCAGGAGGAGCCAGGAGGCAGAGAAGAGGCACCACAAGUUGUGGAUUUGGAGCAGCUGGUGCCCGUGGGGGGUGUGUACCACAUCUCUGCCCUGCGGCUGCCACCCCAGGCCCAGGACGUCGGGGACUGGACCAUGGUGGAGCUGCUGGAUGUUGGAUUGGAGGUGUAUCCAUAUUCCCCAGGAGAGGCUGAAGAUGGCACACAGGAAGCAGUACAGAUAACCCUGAGGCUCCCUGAUAAUGUGAUUUAUUUUAAAGUGCCUGUGGUAGCCCAAUGGGAUCCUGCAGGCCAGCAGUGGAGAACUGAUGGCAUCAGCAAGAUAACCUACGAGGCAGAAGAAAAGAGCAUCACAUUUAGUAUGGGUGCCUUUCAUACAGUAGCCCUUCUCCAGGAUGCUCACCUGAACCUGCCCUAUCAGGCCUGGGAAUGGCACCCUACUGGUGUGGAUGAAGGACUCUUCACAGUUACUGCAGUCUUUGCAACCAUUCAGAUACAAAUUAAGGAUAAUCAGUGUAUGUUGUCUUCAGUAGUGGUGGAAGAGGAGGAGGUGCUUCCCCACAUCACAGGAAAAUGGAUGAGUCCUUUGGCCCUCAGGGCAGCUUUGAAAAGAGCUGGAGUGAACAUUUUCCCAGCAGAGUACUCUCCCAAGUAUGUCCCUGUGCCCAGGAAGGCUGCCCUGGCAGAAGUGAAGGCCUAUGAACAGAUGGCUCUGCUUGCAGCUGCUUUUGCUUUUGCUCACAGCAAGUGGAAUGGAGAAGCAGGGCCAGAGCAAGUCGUGUUCAAGGUAAGUGAACAUCUCACAGCAAGUUCUGCCAAAGGCAACAACUGGUCUCUUUUUAUGUUCAAUGGUGAGAAAGUGCAACACCUCAAGCUCACUGAAACCAGUGAAACUUUUUCAGAAGAGCUGGAAGAAGAGUCUGAAUUUCACUCCACACUCUACCACAUGCUCAAGGAUUCUGCCAGCAACAAAGCCAUGGAUAAAGUGGACAGAGCUGGCUUCCUCUUCAUUGAUUCUGUGUAUCAGCUGCUCCUUGCUACCAGAGUCUUAGCAUACUCUUAGAUACUGCAUGCUUUCCUUCAAAACUUUAUUAUCAAAAG